AGUACUUAGUUAUUAAUGCCCGCUUCACAGCGGUGUGGGUCUUUAUUUACUAUUCCAGGCAGUUUCUUAUCAAGAAUCGUGAAAAUGGAAGACGAAUGGGAGGAGGAGGAGCAGUUGGUUGUGGUUGAGCUCUCUGGUAUAAUUAACUCAGAUUUUUUGACCAAGUGUCAGGGCACCUGCAAGAUUCUGGACAUUGACAGUGAGCAGCCAAUGAUGCAGGUGGGAAGGUACGUGUUUGCAGGAGAGUAUGACGAUGCUCUGGGCACCUGUGUGCUCUUCGAGGAGGGACAGUCGAGUGGGGCAGACCCUGAAGCCAGUCCAGAGCUGAGCUAUAAGUGCCACACAGUUAAGAGACUGAUGAUGCAGAGAACCUUCCUUGCUGAGAAAAAGGAAGGAGACAACAGCUCAGGAGACUUUCAGUUUCGGCCACUGAGUGACGGAAUGUCCCCAGCCAGACUCGACUCACUCUCUCACUUCAUCCAGAACCCAAAGAGGACCUCCAAGCCAGCAGGGGAAGGGGGAGCACACACGAUGGGGCACAAGACCGGGUAGAGAGGUCAGGCAGGACACUGGCAGCAACUCCAUUAAUUAGGAUUUACCUUUGAUUUGUAUUGGAUUUAUGUUUUUGUACUGCGUAUGUUGUUGAAAUAAAUUAUGCUUUCUA